AUGACGUCACGCCGCCUUUCCUUAGCAGACCCCCUCCUGGGGGGGGGCGCGUCCCCCGCCGCCCUUCCCCGCCGCCAGGCGACCGGCCCGCCUUCCGCCGCGCUCGCCUGUUGGCUGAGGGGACAGCCAAUCAGAGGAAAGAGCGCCUCGGGGCGUGACGGAGAAGUCGGGCGCCUGAGGGAGGGGAGAGCGAGUGAAGAGCGGGGCGGUGGGCCUAUCAGCGCCCGCCCUGAGGCGGCGAGGGCGGGACCAACGGGAGCCGUUGGGCGGCGUCUACGGUCCCGCUCGCUCGCUCGCUCCUGCGGCCCGAUGCCGCCGCUGGCGCUGCCGGGGCUGCCGGGGCUGCUGGCCCUGCCGCUGGCCCUGCCCCUGCCGCUGGCCCUGCCGCUGGCCCUGCCGCUGGCCCUGCCGGCCCUCGGCGCCGUCUACUUCCGAGAACAGUUUUUGGACGGAGCAAAAUGGCAGGAGAGAUGGGUGCUCUCUCAGCAUAAAUCCAAUUAUGGGAAGUUUAGGUUAACAGCUGGGAGUUUUUAUGGAGAUCGAGAAGCAGAUAAAGGCCUGCAAACGAGUGAAAAUUUAAAAUUUUAUGCAAUCUCAUCACGAUUUAAACCAUUUGGCAAUAAAGGAAGGCCUCUGGUGAUCCAGUAUACAGUAAAGCAUGAACAGAAGAUAGACUGUGGUGGUGGUUAUGUGAAAAUUUUCCCUUCUGACUUGAACCAAAAGAACAUGAGUGGAGAAUCGCAGUACUAUAUCAUGUUUGGACCUGAUAUUUGUGGAUCUGAUACAAAGAAAGUCCAUAUCAUUUUAAACUACAAGAGCAAACUUUAUCCAAAUAAGAAACAAAUUCGAUGCAAAGUUGAUGGAUUUACUCAUUUAUAUACGCUAAUCUUGAGACCAGACCACAAGUAUGAAGUGAAAAUUGAUAAUGAAAUGGUUGCUUCAGGAAUUUUGGAAGAUGACUGGGACUUCUUACCUCCACGGAGAAUAAAUGACCCAGCAGUGGAAAAACCAGAGGACUGGGAUGAUGAAGCUGAAAUUGAUGAUCCAGAUGACACCAAGCCGGAGGAUUGGAACGUUGCUGAAUACAUUGUGGACAACAGUGCUGAAAAGCCCGAAGACUGGGACGAUGCGAAACAGGGAGCCUGGCGACCCCCCCUGCUCAAGAAUCCCCUCUACAGGGGUGAAUGGCGGCCCAGGAAGAUCCCAAAUCCCAACUACGGAGGUGUUUGGCCUCAUCCUCAGAUUGAGAAUCCAGCGCACAUGCCCGACGAGAGCAUUUCGGUCUAUGAGAACAUAAGCGUCAUUGGCCUGGAUCUUUGGCAGGUGAGGUCUGGAACAAUUUUUGACAAUUUCUUGAUCACAGACGAUGAAACGUAUGCAGAAGAAUUUGGUGAUGAAACAUGGGGAGAAACAAAGUACCCUGAACAGAAAAUGAACCAGAAGCAAAUUGAAGAGGAAAAGAAGAGGGGAAAGGCAAGAGCGGAGGAGGAGGGGCCUCAAGAGCCGCUUCAAGAAGAAAAUGCCCAAGAAGAAAGUGUCCAGGAAAAAGAAAUCACAGCCGAUUUUGCAGAGCAGAUGCUGAUCCCAGGAGCUGCCAUCAUGCCACUCGGGGAGGGGCUGCCAUCCCAGUCCCAGAGCAGUCUAUCUGGACCCAGAGACCUUCACUGA